GAAGGCCGAUCCUGACGGGUUGAGAAAUGACGGCCUUCACUUUGCUAGCUUGCCUGCACGCUCUGUUCCCUUUUGUUUCUCCUGCAAGAAACAUUUCUCUCAAGUGCAUGCAAGAUACUGAUGAGUUCCUUUCUGAUCUGAAUUCACUGAAGCCCAAAGAAUACGCUCUGAGAAUGUACGACUCGGUGGGGAAGCUUGAAAGCAACGUUCUUAACGGCAACGUGGACAGGCUGGGGUCCUACAGCGAGUGCCUUUCCACGCAGAGCCCCGAGGGGAGUUUCCGGGGCCAGUACUGCAAGCUUCAUAUUCUGCAGGAUGGAACAGACUACAGUGUGGGUGUGUGCGUCCCUGAUUCUUGUGCUGAAGAGGACGUGACCACGAUGUCUCAGCUGGACAUUCUACGGUUCAGAAACACUUCGUUCUUGGAACCUUCCCUGUCUCUCUUUACAAAAGACUCUUCUUCAUCUUGUGAAAUCGUGGCCAGAUGUGCUGCUGGGGCCUUGAAGCCGGACAUGUUUUCGUCAGUGUGUCUGUUCAUCACCUUGCUAGGCCUUGUCCUUCCUGUGGCUGGAACUGUUUACAUGGUGGCCAGAGACUGGGGCUUGGACCUCAAGGCGGCAUCUGUGUGUGGGACUCCUACCAGUCUCGAGAGUCUGCCUUUGGGAAACAUGGAGAGCAACAGGCAAAGAAACAGGACCAGUUGCCAAGUUCAGCUCCCUCCUCCGGGACCCCCGAGCAGAGGAAAAAGGUUUCUAGGAGCCUUGGAUGGAGUCCUGCAGUGCUUUUCUUGGCAGAAGAACAUGCCAGCCAUCUGCAACCCAGAGCUGCCAGGAGGCACCUGCCAGACACUGAACGGCAUCCGGGUCCUGAGUCUCCUCUGGAUUAUCUCGGGGCACACCAGUCAGAUGACCGCUUGGCUCUCUUUGGAUAAUGUGCUUGAAUGGAAAGCCAGAGUGCCCAAGAACCCGCUGUACCUCUACUCUCGGAGUGGCCCGUUCUACCUCGGGGUGGAUACAUUUUUCCUGAUCAGUGGUUGGUUAAGUGCACGGUCAUUUCUAAAGAUGCACCAGAACACCAGCACAGGAAUAACCCCUAAAGUCAUUCUCAGAUACUUUCUGAAACGCUUUACAAGGUUGCAGCUUCUUCACUUGUACUCUGUGUGCUUGCUGGUUGGUUUCUUCUCUUUUGUUCCCUGGGGACCUGUCUGGGAAGUGGCCCAGUUCCACUGGGAUAACUGCCGGGAGGUUUGGUGGACGAAUCUGCUGCUGCUGAAUAACUUCCUGUCUGUGCAGAAAGCCUGCAAUGGCUGGACUUGGUACCUUGCAAGCGACUUCCAGUUCCACCUCAUGACACCGCUGAUCUUCUUAGUCCAUGGAAAAAGUAAACGUGCCCUCGUCCUCCUCGGGGGCCUGCUGUUCCUGGUGUCUUCCACUGCCACUGCUCUGCUCACUGUGGCUUAUAAACUUCCAGUGUCAUCUCCGUCAGCAGCCAGUGAAAAUGAGACUGUACUGUAUUUCUCAGAGUAUUACACCAAGCCCUACUGUCGCUGUGGCCCAUUCCUUGUGGGCCUCUUCCUGAGCAUGUUCAUGCAUUCAGACCACCCUACAGACGUUCUCAGAACUAAGGUGCAGGCUGUGCUGGGCUGGGCUUUCUCUCUGACGACUCUCUUUGCAGUUGUUGCCCUGGCGUAUGUAGUGGAUGAUACCUCUCCAACCUCUUCUGUGCUUGCUGCCAUCUACCAGGCCCUGCACCGGACCCUGUGGGCAGCAGCUGUCGGCUGGGUUAUCUUUGCCUGUCAGGAAGGCUUUGGAGGUCCCGUGAAGCGCUUGCUUUCUUGUGGCAUCUGGGCUCUCCCUGCUAGCAUAAGCUAUGCUUGCUACCUCGUACACCCCAUUGUGAUCAUCCUCUAUAAUGGACUUCAGGAGACCCUUAUUCACUACACAGACACCAACAUGUUCUAUCUUUUCUCUGGACACUGCGUGCUGACCUUCCUCUGUGGGCUGGCCCUGACCCUGUUCAUUGAGCGGCCAUGGCAAGAACUGAAGUGGGGCCUGUGAACGACCAGUGCCUGCUGGGCCCUGAGCAUUGAAACCCAAGAGAACCACAGGCCCUCUGCUGGUGACAAACGGAGGCAGUGGACACUGUGGUCCUUAGAAGGAAUGUGAAUCUGAUUUUUUUGGUGAACAUUUACUGUGUACAAUGUAGACAGAUAACCUGUGUUCUCUAUAAAAAGCAAAUCUAUGACUUUUUUGUACUUGUACAAUAAUCUUUCUUUCUCUUGGAUUGGAUUUGAUUUUCUGUAUCAGUGACUGUCUACUGUUAAAGGGUUAAAACGAAGGCCAGACCCAAAGCCUAAAAAGGCAUACAGUCAUGGUCUUUCUCCUCCAUGACCUUAGCUUUUCGUGAUUUGAAAACAAAAUGUAAUAUAAACUACUUUUAAUAAACUUGCAUGUUAAAGAAAAACAAAACUUAAACUCAACCAAUCAGCGGUAGCCAAAAAUUUACAUAACUAGGGAUUCUCCAAUGGGAAGAGUCCAAAUAAACAGCUGUGAAGUUGUAACCAAUCCCAUGUGAAGCACCUGGGCCACACAGGGGUUGGAGCUGCCCAGUAACAACUGGUGUUUGCUCAAAUACACCCGAGCGCUUUAGUGCACCUCAGUUGACAUUUUAACAUUAAGCAGUUGCCUAAUGCGGUACACAUAUCAUAAUUUGAGCCUUGAAGCUCAAGUGGUUUAUAAUCUCUUAUUCUCAUGAAUGCCACACAUAGUUUCCCCUACAUCCUAUAGUAAUCCCUGUACUUCAAAGUUUUGCCUUUUUAGAGAGAUCGAUUUCCAGGGUCACUGAGGUCACUGAGGUACGAGGCGCCAGCCUGAUGACCAGUGUCCUUCUAAAAAGAGACACACAUAGAAAAAAGAAAAAAAGAUGAACACAACUGAAGGAAGAUGGCCCAGCAUCUUCUGUUUCAGGAAGGACCAAACACUUCUGGAAGCUGUGAGAAGCCUGUUUUAGAGCUCUAAAGAAGUGUGGUCACACACACACACACACACACACACACACACACACACACACACACACAGAACAUCUGGCCGCCAGUGUGAGGACAGACAGACAUUUCUAUUGUUUUAAGCCACUUGGUUGUAGUAUUUUGAUACAGCAGCCCUAGGAAGCUAUAGUGUUCCUCUUAAUCUACAGGGGAUACAUUUCAGGAGGUCCCCCUCCCUGCUCCCCCGGAGAUGGAUGGCUGAAGCUGCAGAUUAUCAACCCCUGUGUGCCCUGUUUCUCUGUAUUCAUGUAUGCCUAUGAUAAAGUGUAACUUGUAAAUUAGGCAAAGGAAGAAACAACAACUAGUGGUAAAUACCUCAUGCUAGGAUGGCUAUAAUAUACUGUGUAACUUUGUAAGCAAUAUGUUGCAAUAAAUGUUCUGCGCAUG